CUUUUAAAUACAUCUUAAAAUAUUUUCUGGCAAUGUAAAUUGAAGCCCAAAUUUUGUAUCAAUUCGAGUGUUUUCGAAAAGGAAAGAAUGAAAACAAAAAGUAUAUUGGAGUGCUCAAGUCUGAUAGAUUAGAUUUGUACAAGGAAAAUUCGCAAGUAUCUAAGUAUUCCCUACCAAUCCAGCUAUAGACACACAUUAAAUGGGAAGUUGAGGAAGAUAAUUUGAAUGGGAAAAAGCAUUAUAAAAUAGUGUCAUUCAAAUUUCAAUAAGUUAAAUAAAUUAAAGAAAAUCAUGUGGCCAAAAUUUCUACAUUUUAUAGUGACGAGAAGACCCUUACCAUUCUAAAAGAGCAUCUGAGAAAUAAAAUCAUAUUUUAAAGGAUUUAAGACUUUUAUACCCCUCUCUAAACUUUGGGAAAAGGUGCAUCCUCAAGGGUUCUCCUUGUCAGACACAAAAACACCGAAUUAUAUUAUGCAGCUAAAUGUGUAGACAAAUCCUAUGUUAAUGAAACAGAAAAUGGAAUUGAAUCCAUGUUUCAAGAAAUUUCUAUCAAUAAUGCCCUUGAUCAUCCUUCAUUUAUUAAGUUACAUGCUGUCUAUGAGGGGGAUAACACAUUUUAUAUGGUAAUGGACCUAUUAGAAGGAAGAAGUUUGCAUGAUGAAAUAAACAAUUCAUAAAAAUGGAUUCCCAGAAGAUAUUGUUAGGAAUGUAAUCAAAUUCUCACUGGUAUUGAGUACAUGCAUGAUAAAUAAAUUAUGCAUCGAGAUAUAAAACCUGAAAAUAUCAUGCUCUUAAAAAAAGGAGAUUUGAAUUCUUUAAAAAUUGUUGAUUUCGGAUUGGCCACAUAUUGCAAUAUUGAUAAAUAUUUAUUUCCUAAAUGUGGAACACCAGGCUAUGUUGCUCCUGAGAUUGCUAAUUUAGUAGAUAAAACAAUUAAAUAUGAUAAAGUUUGUGAUGUUUUCAGCGCAGGAGUAAUCUUCUUUAAAUUAUUAACAGGAAAAGAUCUUUUUCCAGGAGUUGGAUUUAAUUUAGUUUUAAAACUAAAUAAAUAAUGCAAAAUUGAUUUGACCCCUUUACAAAUGAAAAAAAUAGAUCCCUCCAUCAUUUCUAUAGUUUAGAAAAUGCUAGAGAAGGAACCAAAUCAAAGGAUUGGAGCAGCCCAAUGUCUAUAGGACCAAUUUUUUGCUUCGUGUUACUAAGCAUAAGGGUUAUAAGGACCUUCUAAAUUAACUGCUAAUUAAAAAAAAUAAAUGUUCUCUUCAAGUGGCAAAGCUCUGACUACUGAAUUUCCAAAUGAUAAAAUUAAGGGUAGUCCCCAGGACAAACUUGAAAAUUAAGGAUCUUUUGUUACAUAAGAUAAUGCUUUUCGACCCAUACAAUCUAAUUAAUAAAAGAUAAUGUAAAAAUUCAAUACUACAGAAUUUGAACAUACUGAAAAUGCUUAAAGCCCAUAAAUGGAAAAGGUUAUUAAAUAAUUUCAAAAUGGUGAUACCAUCUAAGAAGAAGAUGAAAAAUGAAUAAAAUAUCAUUCAAUAUUUGUUAUUAAAAUAAUCAUUGAUAUA